GCAAUUGUCCUUCACAGAGCUGUCAGGAUGAAGCCCCUCCUGUUGUUGGCAGUGGUGAUGGCCUUCGGCGUAAUGUGUGCCCUUGGUAGUAUUUUGGAUUUACAGAAAAUGGUCCAGUUGGUGACAAGGAAAGAUGCUUUCUGGGCUUAUGGAUUCUAUGGUUGCCACUGUGGCCUGGGUGGCAGAGGAGCCCCCAAAGACGAAACAGACUGGUGCUGUGCCAGACAUGACUGUUGCUACAACCAUCUGAGGAAACGUGGGUGCGGCACAAAAUUCCUGGACUACGAGUUCACCGUAAAGGGGAGUGAAAUCGAGUGCAGCAUAAACCAGGACUACUGUCGGAGUUGGCUGUGUGGAUGUGAUAAAACUGCUGCCUACUGUCUUGCUCAAAACCAGAAAAGCUACAAGAAAAGUUACCAGUUCUAUCCUGACCUGUUCUGCCAUGGGAAGAAACCCACUUGCCUUUGGACCUGAGCUUCUAUAGAUGCUCUUUUAGUCAAACAUUCUUUCUUGUUACCCCAUAGGUUGACCUCAGUUUGUCCCAGAGUGGUCUGGGAUGUGAUCAUUUUCGUGUAUAAAA